AUGCUACUCACCUUGCUAUUAUAUUUCACAACAGUCUAUGCCUUGGUCAUACCAUCAGUGGUGGUCCAACCUCAAGACGUUUUACAAAGCCAUCGUUCUCGACCUGUUGAUGUCUCGUCUUUAAUUGAUAGAAAUGAUUUUGAUUCCUGGAUCGCUGUCCAGCCAAACAUAUCCAUCGACCAUAUAUUGGAUAACAUUGGAGGUCCUUGCUCCUUCAAUAAUGAUAAUGAUCACCUUCCUCCAGGAGUUGUGGUUGCUGCCACUUCGAUAAAAGAUCCUAACUAUAACUACCAAUGGAUCAGAGAUGCUGCUAUAACCAUCGACACGUUGAUAACACAUUUGAAUGACAUUGGUUUUGCAAACCAUUCUAUUGCUCGGACCAUCGAGAAUUAUAUAAGCAACAGCUACCUUGUGCAGAGAGCUACAAACCCAAGUGGUGGCUUCAACUCUGGUGGCCUUGGAGAGCCAAAGUUCAAUAUUGAUAAUACGCCAUUUACCGCUGACUGGGGGAGACCCCAAAAUGACGGCCCCGCUCUCAGGUCAAUCACCAUUAUGAAUUACCUAAACUUGGUUAAAAAGUACAAUAAUGAUACGUUGUUGUCGAUUUCUGAUGGAAACGUUUAUUACAAUUCUACUAAAGAUAUUUACACCAACAUCAUUAAACCUGAUUUAACAUACAUCAUUCAACACUGGAAUACAAGGGGAUUUGAUUUAUGGGAAGAAAUUAACGGAGUUCAUUUUUUCACAAGCUUGUCCCAAUUCAAAGCCCUCAAAAAAGGUUUAAUUAUGGCAAAACAUUUUAAGGAUUAUAAGUUUAUGGAAAAGUUGAAUGCAAUCACCAUCAGGAUCCAAAAUUUCAUAUGGUUUGACUCUGGUUUUAUUGAUAAGGAUUUUCAUAGAAUAUAUGAAAAUCCAAAUUUUGAUCAUAAAUAUGGGUUGGAUAUUGCCACAAUCAUUGCUUCCUUGUCUUGCCAUGCCUACUCCAAUGACCUUGAUGAUAACUUAGGUUUUGAAAUACCAUUCGAUGUUGAUGAUUCAUAUGUGUUGAACUCGAUAUACGGUUUCAUCAAGGACCAAAAUAGAAGAUAUUCUGUAAAUCAUGAUGAGGAUAAAUUAGGAAUUAGUUUGGGGAGAUAUCCCAAUGACGUUUAUGAUGGUGUUGGAACAUCACUUGGUAACCCAUGGUUCUUAUCGAAUGCCUAUGCUAGUUUAUUUAUUUAUAGAAAGUUGUUUAAACUUUUGCACUAUGAGGAAGAUUUGGUCAUUUCUAAUAAGAAUUUCGAAUUUUACAAUGAUUACAUUUAUGAUUUAUCAAAUAUCAGUGAAGACUAUACGAAAUUUGACUUUGUGGUGAUAAAUUAUAGAUCUAGCGAGUUCAAUAUGAUGGUGAACAAUUUGUUCAGCUUUGGUGAUUCUUUCCUCAAGGUUGUAUUUGCUCAUAUCACUGAGGAUGGAGAAUUAAGUGAGCAAUUUAAUAGGGAUACAGGAUUUUCUCAAGGGGCUCAAAAUUUGACCUGGAGCUAUAGUAGUGUUUGGAAUGCUCUUAGAGAGAGGAGCAUUAUUGACUCACUUCUUUGA